AUUAACUUGAAUGAUCUCAGUCCCAUAGUUGUCAUAGCUGGCCUCUCACAUUUGACUAAUCUUGCUUCCUUUCCCCAUCUCUUACCUGUGAAACGUUCAGCUUCUUUUGGAUUGCUUGUAAAAAAAGAAGGAAUCAGGGACAUUUGAGGAAGGCUUUGAGACUACCACCCACGGAACGGCUCUGCAUGUAUGUGCUUCACCUCUCACUCAUUGAUCAGUUUCUCUGGGUUGAGUGCUGCCUGCCUUGGCUGUGCAGCUGCUUUCCUCUCACACAGGAGUGAGUGCCGAGGACUUGUGCUGUGCCGUGGUUUUAUUGGUAAAUGGAACAAGGAGUCACCAUGCUGCAAGAAGCUGAACCAAACAUUUUAAAAUUCCAAAAAUUUUUGGACUCGUGGAUUGAUGUCCGAGUAAGGGACUACCCACUGAUGCAGGAACCCAUAAAGAUGACCACCAUCCUGAUAGCCUAUGUUAUCUUCUCAAAAUACAUUGGACCUCGCAUUAUGGCAAACCGUAAGCCCUUCCGUCUCAACACGGCCAUGAUAAUCUACAACCUCAGCAUGGUUUUAUUGAACGCCUACGUGGUGUACGAGUUCCUCGUGGCUGGCUGGGGCACCACUUACACGUGGAGAUGUGACCUUGUUGACACGUCAACCAGCCCAAUGACUUUCCGGAUGAUUCGAGUGUGUUGGUUGUUUUAUUUUUCAAAAUUUUUGGAACUCCUUGACACAGUGUUCUUUGUGCUGAGGAAGAAGCAAGGCCAGAUCACAUUUCUCCACGUGUUCCAUCACUCCUUCAUGCCCUGGACGUGGUGGUGGGGCGUCACCCUGACUCCUGCUGGAGGAAUGGGCACCCUCCAUGCCAUGGUGAAUGCAGCCGUCCACGUCGUCAUGUACUUCUACUACCUACUCUCUGCUGCUGGACCUCGCUUCCAGAAAUACCUUUGGUGGAAGAAAUACAUGACCGCCAUUCAGCUUAUACAGUUUGUUCUGGUCUCCAUUCACGUCAGCCAAUACUAUUUCAUGGAGAAGUGCGACUACCAGGUUCCUAUGUGGAUCCACCUGAUUUGGAUGUAUGGCGUCUUCUUCUUCCUCCUCUUCUCCAACUUUUGGAUUCAGGCCUACAUAAGGGGAAAGCGGCUUCCUGCCAUGGAGGAAAAGCCCAAACAGAACGGCUCAACCAGUGAAGCUAUCUCCGUGGUGGCCAAUGGGAAACACCUGGAGAAUGGGAAUGCGCACCACCAUACCAACGGCAAAAUCUUCCUGGGAAAAGUAAAGGAAAUCUGACUCUCUAGAGCUACCUUGGAAAUGUCACGCGUAUCUAGCAUAUUGAAAUGGCAUCGAUUUCGAUAUGUCACUUCUAAACUACACAAUUUCUAUAUAAAUCUACUUUUCUUAUGCACACUUGUCGGGAUAUGUGUUUUGGUGGUGAACGCCGCUUGCCACAUUGUGAUUGUUAGUCGUUGUGAAAACUAUUAACUGUGAUAAACAUUGUACGGGAAUUGGUGCUCAUUUUGUCACAGAGUAUUCCUCAACUCAGGCUUGACCCACACAAGUCCAAUCCACACUACUGGGCUGGCAUUGUUGCACCGUUUCCACUGAAGACCAGCACAUAUAUACACAACUUCUAUAGACUUUGUCAAAACAAAGCUUUCAAUGUAAAUGUAAAAUAUUUAGUUUUCUGUUUUUAUUUAUCUUUUGAAAUAAAACUUGUU